UCUUGCAGGUUUUUUAUAUGAAAAAGUAGAUACUUUACAUCAAGACUUUCAACAAUUCAAAACAGAGAUAAAACACGAAGCAGCUAAAAAUAACACAAAAUUGAAAGAAAUAGUUGCUAUUUUAAGAGAAAGUUUCCAAAGAAAUGAAGAAAAUGAAGCAAUAACUAUGGAUUUAAUGCCUGAAUUUCCAAUGACAUCCGUCGAGGAAUACGUACAAUUUAAUGAAACAUUGAAAAAUGAUGAAGCAAUUCGUAAAUGUUUUGAAAAGAAAAUAAAGUGUAUUGGUGGUGACUCUACACAAAAAAUGAUCUCCAAUAUACUCACAUAUUGCAUAACAUUUGAUGUAGGACACAAGUUGACUUGGACUAGUGCAAAAAAUACUAUCGCAAUCGAAAAUACAACUUUUGCAAACAUUAUAGUACUGUCAAUCGUACAAAAGGAAAUGGACCUGACUGUACCAUUGCAUUGAUUGUCAAGCAUGUAAAAAACUGGCUGCAACAUGCAGGUGAUAAAAUGAGAUAUCGAAACAGAAAAGUGCAACAAUAAAUUACUCUGUAAUUAGUAUACAGAGUGUCCGAUAAUUCCGCUAAAAACCGCGAUAUAAAAAUAGAUUAAGUGAAACUGAAAAAACAAUUCCUCUAUGAUUUUGCGA